AUGGAAUCCUUAUCUGAAUCGUCGGCGCCACAGUCGGUUAUCCUCAACGACUAUAAGUUGGCGGUCAAGUUCUUCAUGAACAAGGACUUUGAGAAAUCCUAUCAGAUCAUAUCCAAGUUACACUCGGUUGCCUACAGAACAUUCGCCAAGGGUGCUAUCCUGGAGGACGUGUUCGUCAAGAUCGUGACAUUGUACUUGACGGAGCUCGGUCUUUUGUUGAAUUCGAAAGACGGGACGUUCCAGCUUCCUCGCAAGGAAAAGAAGGAGUUGAUUGGCAAGCUCAGACUGAGCCAGUUCCUCGACUCCCUCUACGAGAUCUACGGCAGCGUGGCCAAGGUGCCUUCCGAAUUGCUAUACCAAGUGUUUCUUGUGAACUACCUGUGUCAGAAUGAGAUAAAGCAGGGCGAUGAGCGCCUCUUGGUCAAGCAGUUUGACAACUUGUACUCGCUUCUCGAUUUCCUGGGGGCUUCCAACGAUAAGUACUUGAGGCGCCUUGUGGACAUGUACAUUUUCAACGUUUUGCCUGAUGCAGAUGAAUUCUCCAAAGCCAAAGAGCUUGUCGAUUCUAACCCCUUGGUUGACACCGAGAAGGGCAGAAACCGCAUCAAGGAGUUGCAGGAAGUUAAGAAGCAGGAAAAGAAGCUUCGGGACAAGCAGGCCAAGGAGCGUGAAGCCCAGGAGGCCCAACGUCUCGCCGAUGAGAAAGCCGAAAAGAAAGCUGAGCAGGAAAAUGCCAGUUUGAAGUACAAGUCCUUGAAGCAGAUCAAGAGAGAGCAUGAGAGCACCGAGGAGCUUGAGAGACGAAGCAGGAGCCCCCUAGCAGCGGCAACAGUAGCAUUCAACAACUUCGUCAUCGUCUCGAGUACCUAA